AUGAGAACCUCCACCAUCCUCGCAAUCCUAGGCGCCGCCUCCUGCGCCGUGGCAAUCCGCUGCACCCAAGGCCUAACCUACUGCGGCACCUCGCUGGUCAAGAAAGGAAACUACACCAAAGACAUGCAGAACGCGCUCCAGCGCGAGGGCCGAGUCUCCUCGUCCCACAACAUGCUGGACUCGCUCUACCUGUGCACCGCUGACGAGGACUUCUUGAUCUGGCGGAAUACCUGCCGUCGCGGCGCGUGCCAGGAUAACGGGGUUGAUCGGGAUGAUGUUUGUGUUGGGCAGGGGGAGCAGCCUGAGGAUCAGGACAUGGAUCAGGAGGAGCAGGAGGAGGAAGAUCAGGAGCAGGGUAUGGAGCAGUCACGGACUGACUGCCUACUAUGA